AUGACUCUUCACGCGCCUCCCGGUCUUCCCCUGCCCUCCCGCGUCCCCACCAUCGCCGCCAUGACCCCCCUGCCUGACUCGCCUAAACUUUCCCCGACUGACGAGACGCCUGCUCAGACGGAGGUGAAGAGGAUCGGAGCGUGUCUCGUGUGCGGCGAGGAGACGACCAAGUUGUGCUCGAAGUGCUUGGGUGCAGGACACGAACUCUUCUUCUGCUCGCCGGAACACCAGAAGCUCAUCUGGCGCGACCACCACCGCGUUUGCGGACGUCCGCUCGUUCCCGACUCUCGUCCUUGGCUGUCGAAGCUGGAGGCUCUCGAGGCCGUUGCGAAUAUGGACGUGCCGAGGCGUCUCCCGCAUGGCAAGAUUGCCUCGCUGAUCGAGUUCCUGAACGAGGCUGGCUGCGCGACGCGCUUCAUCGUGACGCACAUCUACAGGCUUACCGAGGGCCACGAGCACCCGUACGAUUCUUACACUUCGCACGCUGCCCUCGUCGACAUCCGCAUGCUCGAGCUUCGCCGCAGGUGUCCUGCGGGCGACUUGAACGAGGUCCUCGGCACGAUCGACACCUUCCAACUGACGAAUGAGCUACUGUACCAGCUCUGGCCUUGCAUGCCGACGAACAAGGUCUGGUACCCAGGCGCAAACCACCGCCUCGUCAUCUUCCUCUCGCUCCUCCGCCAGUUCCGCGCAGGUAACCCUUCCGUCUCUCUCGAGUUCUGCCGAAACGCCUACAAGCAGAUCGAAGUCUUCCUCGCGUCGCCAGCCGCCAAGAUGCUCAGUGCCGAGCGCGACGUCUUCCUCGACGGCUUGCACGCGUACAUCGAUCCUGAGACGCUCGUCAUCCGUCUCCCGCUCUGCGACUACACGCCCGAAGGAUGCAUGGCGGCUGAGUUCAAGGAGCGCAUUGGGCGUUGGAGGCGCGCUGUCGCCGCCAAGUGA